AUGGUAGUGAAAGUUGUAGAAGACCGCGAAGCUGUUAUAACAGAACUAUGUGCAUUAAUCGAAUCCUCAGCUAAUUCAAGUAUAGCAAGUAAAGGCUCCUUUAACGUUGGAGUAUCAGGCGGGUCUCUAGUAACCUUUCUUGUGUCUGGCUUGCCAAAAAUCCACUCCGACUUUAGUAAAUGGAAAAUCUUUUUCUGUGACGAACGAUUAGUGCCUGUGGACGACCCAGAAUCGACUUUUGGAGUUUACAAGACAAAACUUGUGGAUACUGGUGCAGUUAAUUUGUCCGCAGAUCAGUUUGUGACUGUGAAACAAGGAGUUUCGGCCUUAGAAGCUGCCAAAGCCUAUGAAAAUCAAAUCAAAGAUCUUGUGCCAGCUAAUCCCUUAUUACCACAAUUCGAUUUGUUAUUGCUCGGAAUGGGACCAGACGGGCAUACUUGUUCGCUCUUUCCAGGACACGAGUUAUUAAAUGAAACAUCUGCUUGGGUAGCUCCAAUUACAGACUCACCAAAACCACCACCAAGUAGAAUUACGCUAACUUUUCCAGUAAUUAAUAAUGCCAAAGCAUGUGUGUUUGCUGUUUCUGGUAAGGAAAAAGCUGAAAUGAUUCAGAGGAUUCAUGUGCUCAAGGAAAACUUGCCUGCUGCAAGAGUACAGCCAACUGCUGGAGAAGUUUAUUGGAUUGUCGAUAAAGAAGCUGGAGCUCUUUUGAACUAA